UUGAUCUCAUCACCACUACAAUGAUACCCAUUAUAGAUUAUAAAAAACAGUUCAAUACUUGUGCCUGGAUCUAUCGCCUAGUUUGGCUGGAUCGUAGUCUUCUAGUAGUAAUUUUCUACGGUUGAUUCGAGAUGUGAUCCGAAAUUCCGGGUCUCAAGACGAGAUUGCGCCGACGCGGCCUGAUGAUGUACAAAUUAUAUCGUUUCUAUCCCUAGGAAUGGGCAUCGGGCGUCGCUCAUCCACCCCCCAUUAGAGAUGCCAAUUAAUUAAUACCAGGGACUACUGGUCGAUCAUUUUCUUGCGUGUACGCAGUCUAACUUAUAAGACGUACUUGGUCCCCAUUUGCGAGCGACCCAUUCAACUCCUAUCUACUCAGAAAUUGUUCAUAGAACUUACCCAACAUGAAGUAUUCGGUUCUAUUUGCUAGUUUAGCCUCCACGGCGUCGGCAACAAUAUUUUAUGCCGGUGUCGCGGAGUCUGGUGGCGAAUUUGGUGUCUGGAGCGCUGAUGCCAAGAAGGGUACCGGCUUACCGGGGACAUUUGGCGUCGACUACCAAUUCAUCAACAAGGCGGGUAUUGAUGUUCAUGUAGAUGAGAACCACCUCAAUCUCUUCCGUAUAGCCUUCUUGCUCGAGCGAAUGGCCCCCGUUGCGACUGGUCUCGGCAAGAUUUUUAACGAGACCCAUUUCGAUUACUUCAAGGAGGCAGUCGAUUACGUGACAAUCACCAAGGGCGCCUAUGCGAUCUUAGAUCCGCACAACUACAUGCGAUAUAACGACCCGAGCUCCCAGCCUUACAGCGGCAGCGUGAUUGGAAACACCUCGGAUUCUACCGCCGCUACGACGGAGCAGUUCGGAGAAUUCUGGGGCGAGUUAGCCAGCCGCUUUGCGGAUAACGAGAAGGUCAUCUUUGGGCUGAUGAACGAACCGCAUGACAUGGAGACCAGCCUCGUGGUCAAGAAUAACCAGGCUGCCAUAGAUGCUAUUCGUGCCGCCAUUGCGAAUAACUUGAUCAUCCUACCUGGUAACAGCUGGACGGGAGGUCACGCGUGGACUCAAGGCCCGGAUCCGAACAGCGCCAUCAUUCACCAAUUCACCGAUCCGCUUAACAACACGGCGAUCGAUAUCCACGAGUACCUUGACGUAGACUAUAGCGGUACCCACAGCGAAUGCGUUAGCGAUCCAGCGACCAACUUGGCGGAUGUAACGAAAUGGCUGAAGGAGCACAACCUUAAGGCCUUUGUUACCGAAUUCGGCGGGCACAACAAUACGGGAUGCGCCGACAUGCUGACCGACUUCGUCAAUUACCUAGCGGACAAUGAGGAGUACAUCGGCUGGACAGCGUGGGCGGCAGGCCCAUUUUGGGGAUCCGCCAGUCCCUGCUGCACGGACUCCCAAAACUACGGCAGUUUCGAGCCCGGCAGCAAGGCUGCCGAUGGUGGCCCGAGUCUGUACGAUACUAUCUGGCUUAAGGUGCUGCAGCCACUUGUACCUAGCAAGCUUCAGUGGAAAGGAAAGGCUAGCGUCGAGGGAGGAGAUUUGACCGAGUUCCCGGCUUAAGCGUUGCGACUGGUCUCUCGGGACUCUGCAGCAGCUGCACCUCUCAUCACGAUGCUUUCGGGGCGACGAUGCAACUGUAUAUAAUUUGGCCGCUCUAAUGCUCGUCAUCUCGAUGUCUUUGAGUGAGAAUGUGUCAUUCGAGUGCCGCUCCGUAUACGCCUGCCAA